GGAUCCAUUUCUUUCCUUUUAAUUAUCAUACCGAAUUUUCAAAACUGUUUUGAUUCUGAAUACAUACAUCUUUGAAAUAAGCCUUAUAAAAUUGCCUGAGUUUUAUCAAACUUUAUUCUGGGUGUUCCACUUAUAUCGGACCUGAUCCUUUUUUUAAAGAACAUAUCAGGCAUGAUUCUAGUUACAAAUUUAAUUCCAUACAAAGCACUACUGUAGUUUAUUGCUUGGCUUCCCUUUAUGUAUAUUGGUAAGCAAUAAAUGUUUCCACUCAUUGGCUACCGAUAUGCUAUAGAACUGGAUGCUGAAAAGUUGCACUGCAUUAAACUAUAAGAUCUUUCUUUUCGUUUCUUUCAUACAACAUCAAACUGUCUAAAGCUUCCAGAGCAAAGUUAAGAUACAACUUUCAUCAUGAAAACACUAAAGUUUUUAUCUUAAUAUUAUGCAUUGGUGUUAACCUUUUAAUGGAUGUUGCAUUGUUCCAUAUGUUUCUACUUUCUACUCAUGGGGAUUACUGUUGACAUUUGUGUGCACCACUUCCAUUUAUCCUCUUUUUGGAAACUGUUUCCAGCACCAUCCCAAAUUCACUAUGUAAAAUGUCUUACUAGUGCGUUUUGUUGCAUUCUGUACGUAUGCCAUUUCAGUUUUGAUAAGUUAUUUUACUUAACCUAGUUUUUUUAAUGGAAUCAGCACAAGAUUGUGCUAUUUCAUUGAACAAGGGGUAAAAAAGUACAGGCCCUAGGGGCACUGGACCUAGUUUUUUCAAGAUCUGAUUUUCUUUAUCAGGUUCUCUCCUGUAUUGAACCCUUGUCCCAGGUUAAAACAUGCAGCAUUCUCCAUGUAAUCUUCAGGAAACCUCUUCAUUAGGCUUCACUCUUUACAAAGUGAAUCAAGUCUCAGCAGCAGGCGCACGCGUCGCGCCACAGGAGAAGGCGGAGUCCGCGACGCCGAUCCCGACGCUGUCGCCACCGGAGGGGAACAUGACGUUCGUGGACGGCGUGACGUGGUGCGUGGCGCGGCCGGGGGUGUCACAGGAGGACCUCCAGAACGCGCUGGACUGGGCGUGCGGCCAGGGCGGCGCGGACUGCACCCCGCUGCAACCCGGUGGUCGGUGCUACCAGCCGGACACCCUCCUCUCCCACGCCUCCUACGCCUUCAACAUCUUCUACCAGCAGAACGGCAACUCCGACAUCGCCUGCAACUUCGGUGGCGCCGGAACCAUCAUCAAGAGAAAUCCAAGUUUUGGAUCAUGCAAGUUCCUGGCAUCCGAGACAUCUGCUGCAUCAGCACUGACUCGAGGAAGCAUGUGGAUGAUCUUCGCAGCUGCGUCUAUGAUGUUUCUUCAUCUGAGAGUUUUCCAAUCCGUGUGAAUUGGGUCGAUGCUACCAAAGUAAUUAGUACCUGUGGUGGUUUGGUUCUCUUUGUAGUAUAUUACUUAUGUAAGAAGCAAGGAACAGUGCUAGUUUUUUCGUGUAAAAUUGUGAAGAUUAUAUAUUACUACCUCCAUCCCAAAAUGUUUGACGCCGUUGACUUUUUUUUAAAA